AGACCAACUAGUGUAAAGAGUGACAGGUUGGAGUAGCUGGACGUUUUGGUAAAUUGUGGGUUCUUAAGAUAACGUUUGGAGAAACCACAGAAAGGAAAUAACAGAUAGUGCCAUCUGGAUGAAAUAUUUGAGUGGUUUCCAGAGAGCGCUACAUGCCUACCUUGCAUCCCACGGGGACAUGUUCCUGGCGGCACUCAGGAAUGGUCCUGCAAUCCCUGGCCUGAUCACCUGGUGUCUUUUGGGCACCGUGUCCCUGCUCCCGAUAUCACAGGCAAUGCAAGAUGGCGAAGUAGCGGGAGUGGGCCUUAGUGAAGUCAGAAGAAAGCACAGAGCUUUUACCGUCUUUGCAUAUACACAGGACAACUGUACCUCUUACAAUGGAACCAUGCGCAAGCAAGCUGACAUCAGGGCCUGUGAAGGGCAAUUUUCUGAUCAGGAAGUAAUUUUACUUUGUGAGGAAUCGAAAUAUUGUCCGUUUAACAAAGACAAGUCCGAAGCCUGUUUCAACGUGACGGUCGGAGGGAAAAGCGCAGUCAUCGAAUUUCCUGCAACUGAGGAUGUCGCGUUGGUACCUGAAGAUGUCUGGAUUUUUGAUAAUUGGACACAGAAAGGCAACACAUCCGAAUUGGUUGUUAAGCGGAAUGAAGAUAUGGUUUACAAACUUGAACUCCAUCCAGUCGAAAGUCCGCAAGAAAGUCAAGAAAUCGACAGUGUUUUGUACCAGAACAGCUCACUGAUCUUCCAGGUACAAUGGGACAACCUCAAGUACAAGAGUUACUCCGUGUAUGUUGUUCUGGUCAACUACUGUGAAUCUGUAGUAAAGCAAUUCGCGGGUCCGAGCCUUCAGUACGUGCCAGAAGUGACGCAGGCUGGAGGCAGCAAGGUGACAGAUUAUCAUCAUCAUUUUGGGGCUAACGCCGGCAGGGGCGCAUGACCGCAUCCACCUUUC